AUGGCCCUUCAGUCCCUUGUGGUAUUAAUGAAAAUUCGGAAUKUYGACUACGAAUUGACCUAUCCUGAAAGACUGAGCGAGAAUCGUGUCAAACGAGACCUCUCCACAGCCACCGAAAAUGGACAUGAAAAUACAGCAACAUUCGCUAUAAACGCAUUUCAGAAGAAAUGGGUUUUGGAUGCGAAGCAAAACCACCAUCUGAUGCCAAAGGCGUUUACAGUAAAAACAUUUGAUUCUGAUGACAAUGAAGUGAUAUCCAGAAAAGCUCCGGAACCCUGUCAUUACCAAGGCUCUAUUCGUGGAAUCCCUGAUUCUGUUGUUGUUUUAGAUACGUGCAGUGGACUGAGGGGGUUGAUUGACGAUGGAACGCAGAGCUAUCAAAUUGAACCUCACGAUGACUUCCAGGAAACUGGUGCGCAUAGAAUUUCCAAAGAUGAAAWUGAAUUUGAUGCUGAUGAGCACUGUGGGACAGAGUUUGAUGAAAGUUCACCUAAAGCMGCUKRCCCUAAAAGCUCAAAAUUAGCAAAAACACUCAAGAGACUACGUCGUGGUCUAGGUCACGUGGUCGACACUGAGGAUAUCUACCGAUCUUACUUAACCACUAACGAAACAAAAUACACCGAAGUGGUAUUCGUGGUAGACAAUGGCGUGUACCUGAGAUUCAACAAAACUAAGCCUGUCAUUGAUAAAGUUCUUAUUUUGUGUAAUGCAGUUGACGCGGUGUAYCAGAGAAUCAAUAUACGAAUAGUUGCGAUUGCUAUCGAGAUUUGGACGAACGGAGAUCGAAUGCCACGUGGAAAAGAUCUGAAAAACUUUGCCGUCUAUCGCAGAAACAAGAUUAAAAUCCCUAACGAUAAUGCGCAAUUCCUAAGUCAUCACGGCUGGGGCAGAGCCAUUGGUAUAGCUUACCUUKGGGGCAUGUGCAGUGCUAAGAUAUCGUGUGGCAUCAACAAGUUCAAUACAAAGUCCCUUCUUGGCCCUUUGGUUACGGUAGCUCACGAAAUGGGGCACAACUUUGGAUUUGGACACAAUAAACCUCCUUGCAAAUGCUUGACUCCUAAAGGAUGU